ACAAGCUUCAACAUCAAAGGUUCCCCUCAAUCACUUCCAUAACCUUUCACAAAACUCUUAACUACUAGAGAAUGAGCACCCUGGAGGCAACAGCAUUCACUGAAGAGCAAGAAGCUCUUGUGGUCAAGUCAUGGAAUGCUAUGAAGAAGAAUUCUGCUGAACUUGGUUUCAAGUUUUUCCUUAAGAUAUUUGAGAUUUCUCCAUCAGCUCAGAAACUGUUUUCAUUCUUGAAAGACUCAAAAGUUCCUUUGGAGCAGAAUCCCAAGCUCAAGACACAUGCCGUGACUGUAUUUGUUAUGACAUGUGAAUCAGCAGUUCAACUUCGAAAGGCUGGAAAAGUGACCGUGAGAGAAUCAAACUUGAAAAAAAUGGGUGCUACCCAUUUCAGAGUUGGUGUUGUAGAUGCACAUUUUGAGGUGACAAAGUUUGCACUGUUGGAAACAAUAAAAGAAGCAGUGCCUGAAAUGUGGUCACCAGCCAUGAAGGAAGCAUGGAGUGAAGCUUAUGAUCAGCUUGUUGGUGCCAUCAAAUCUGAGAUGAAACCCUCUGCUUAAUUAAUUAAUCAAUUCCCUUAGCUUUAAUUGAAUAAAAAUGAAAUCAUAGUGCCCUCUUUGUACAUUAAAGCAUUGAGUGCUUUGGUGUGUUAAAUUGUACUUUAUAUUGUUGCGGGUUGAUACUUACGGAUUUAAUAAAUAAUAUUAUUUGAAUAA